UCUUAAUUUAAAAUUUAAACGUCGGCAAGAAACGACCGCGUUUGUUUUAAUCGGCCUAACGUGGAAGAUGAGUUUUUCUUUUUCAAUUAAAAUUACCUAGUGAGUUUGUGAUUUGUGUUCUUAUAAUAUAAUUAGGAAAAUGUUUCGUUUAACGAUAAUUCUGUCAUUAGCGACGUGCAUCGCUGCGGAAUCCUGGUUAUCAAGAAACUCAGCGGCCACCGACGCCCAAAUUCGCUUCGCGAUAGAAAACAAAUACGAUCACACGGGCCCCGGAGCACAAGGGCCUGAAUAUGCGUACAAAACCUACCAAACUCUAGAUGACGCUAUACUCGCGUACAUGAACGAUCCAGACACACAACUACCAGAAUAUGAAAAAAGCAGAGCGAUUCAUAAAUUCACACGACCCUCUUACUAUCCUCCAUCCAACAGCAUUAAUACUAUCGAACCUAUUCCAAGAUAUCAACCAAAAACUGUCGAUGAAUAUACUGGGUAUAAACCCCCGCAAAUCCAAAACCAAUACAUUCAAGAAUACGCUACUUAUAAGCCUAAAAGUAUAGUAAACCAAAACUUUGUCACUGACUACAGAGGCUGGAAACCUUUCCAGCUCGAAAACCCCAAAAAGUCUAUUGACGAAUCAACAUACUAUAAACCCAGACCUAGUGAAGCAGGCUUGAACAUUUACCCAAAAGAGUACGACAAGUUUGGUUUUGAAACGUUAAACAAUGAGGUCCGUCCGGUGCGUGAUGGGAACUCACUAGCAAGUUUAGCAGAACCAUCGCAUGAGGAGUACGACCCAAAUCCCCAAUAUUCCUACUCUUACGGAGUUCAUGACAAAGGCACUGGUGACUCCAAGUCAGCUCACGAGACGCGUGACGGCGGCACCGUGCGCGGCUACUACACUUUCAUGGAUGCGGAUGGCAAGCAGCGCACUGUUCACUACACCGCUGAUGAUAAGCUAGGAUUUAGAGCCAGCGUGCAGCGCACUCACACUAACUCACAAUAGGCCUGACACGGGG